AUGAUGCGCUUCCUGGUACCCCAGCUGCCUUCCCUUCGUGGCAGGACUACCCCAUACUCCUCAGCAGCAGCACUCCCAAGACCCAUCCUGAACCCAGACAUCCACUACAACCAGCCAUUCAUCAACAAUGAGUGGCAAGAUGCUGUCAGCAAGAAGACCAUCCCGACAGUCAACCCCACCACUGGAGAGGUCAUUGGGUACAUGGCUAAAGGGGAUCAAGCUGAUGUGGAUCAGGCCGUGAAAGCAGCUCACGAGGCCUUCCGCUUGGGGUAUCCAUGGUGCCGGAUGGAUGCCUCCAAGCGGGGCUGGCUGUUGCACCGCCUGGCCAACCUUGUGGAAAGGGAUCGUGUCUGCUUGGCCUCACUGGAGACCUUGGACAAUGGAAAGCCCUUUGUCUCAUCUUAUGUCUUAGACCUGAAUGAGGUCAUCAAGGUAUACCGAUACUUUGCUGGUUGGGCUGACAAGUGGCAUGGCAAGACCAUCCCUAUGGAUGGUGAGCACUUCUGCUUCACUCGGCAUGAGCCUGUUGGCAUCUGUGGCCAGAUAAUCCCGUGGACUUUCCCCUUGGUCAUGCAGGGCUGGAAGCUCGCCCCAGCACUCUCUAUGGGCAACACUGUGGUCACGAAGGUUGCAGAGCAGACCCCCCUUUCUGCCCUGUACUUGGCCUCCCUCAUCAAGGAGGCAGGCUUUUCCCCUGGGGUGGUGAACAUUAUCACAGGCUAUGGCCCAACGGCAGGGGCGGCCAUCACUGGCUCCACGGAGGUGGGCCACCUGAUCCAGAAGGCAGCUGGUGAUUCCAACUUCAGGAGAGUCACCCCGGGGCUGGGUGGGAAGAGCCCCAGCAUUGUGUUGGCCGAUGCCGACAUGGGCCAUGCUGUGGAGCAGUGCCACGAAGCCCUCUUCUUCAACAUGGGCCUGUGCUGCUGUGCCGGUUCCCAGACCUUUGUGGAAGAAUCUAUCUAUGAUGAGUUUCUCGAGAGAACCGUGGAGAAAGCCAAGCAGAGGGAAGUUGGGAACCCUUUUGAGCUGGAUACCCAGCAGGGGCCCCAGGUGGACAAGGAGCAGUUUGAACGAAUCCUGGGCUACAUCCAGCUUGGCCAGAAAGAAGGUGCAAAGCUUCUCUGCGGCGGGGAGCGUUUUGGGGAACGUGGUUUCUUCGUCAAGCCCACGGUCUUUGGUGAUGUGCAGAAUGGCAUGAGGAUCGCUAAGGAGGAGAUCUUUGGGCCUGUGCAGCUGUUCAAGAAGAUUGAGGAGGUGAUUGAGAGGGCCAACAACACCAGGUAUGGCUUGGCUGCUGCCAUGUUUACCCAGGACCUGGAUAAGGCCAUGUACUUCACCCAAGCACUCCAAGCUGGGACGAUAUGGGUGAACACCUACAACAUUGUCACCAGCCACACACCAUUUGGGGGUUUCAAGGAAUCUGGCAAUGGAAGGGAGCUGGGGGAGGAUGAACUUAAGGCCUACAUGGAAGUGAAAACAGUCACUAUCAAGGUUCCUCAGAAGAACUCAAGAACGGUCACCAUGAGACCAACUCCAGUCCAAGGAUUCCACAAUCACCUAGACUAG